UUGUCCCCUUUCGUUUCCCCUUGCCGAGUUUCACAGGAAAAACCAACCAACAAAACAGAAGAAACAGCGUAAACAGCACAGAAGAAAGAAGCAAUAAGCUCGAGAACUUUCUCUCUCGCGCUUAGGGUUUCGCAUUUUCGAGUUACUUCUUCUCCUUCAAUUGCGAUUACAAUCUAUUCCGAUCCAACUCGCUCUCAUGAUCGUCGACUUCUACUUGAGCGGUUUCUGAAUUUGUCUCCAAGAUUCUCUCUCUUUCUCUCUCAUCAUUGCACGUCUGUCUGUUUUGCGGUCUUUCGUAAGUCGCCAUCAUGAUCUCCGCCACCGGCGACAACCACCGCCACCAUUACCACCACCACCAGCCGCAGCAUCCUGGCGCUGUGGACGCUUCUCGGCCUCCGAUCGCUGGAGAUCGUGUUGAGCCGUUCUCUGUCAAGCAGGAGCCAUUUUCUGUUAAGCAGGAGCCUGGUUCGCUCCCUCUGUUGCGUGGCCAUGAUUCUAACGAAGUUGAUGAAGAUUUUCAUUUGUCUCUUGCACACCAAAUGUAUAAGGCUGGAAAUUAUAAGAAAGCUCUAGAACACAGUAACACUGUCUAUGAGAGGAAUCCACUUCGUACUGACAACUUACUGCUCUUGCAGUUAGCUCUUAUUUCUUUUAUUCCUUUUUUGUACUGUGUUCUAAGUGAGUGUUACUGUUUGUAA